GGUGUCGUCAUCGCCAUGUGACCAGGAGCGAUGUGCGCGGGGGGUGCCGGGAAGGUUUCCGAGGCGCUAGCGGGCGAAGAGGAGGGUUACUCCGUUGGAGUCCGAACCACGCGCUGAGGCGGGAGGGGGCCGACCUAGAUGUGAAUUACUGCAAUGAGUAAACGUAAGUCAAAGGAGACAAGCUCUGUAAAUGGAGAAUGCAUCUCACAGGUACAAAGAAUUUUACGUGAAAGAUUUUGUCACCAGUGCCCUAAUGGAAAACUGUUCGGGGUUCAACUUCAGUACAAACAUCUACUGGAGCUGCUGAAACGAACUACUAUCCAUGGAGAAAGUAACUCUGCACUCAUUAUUGGACCCCGUGGAUCAGGAAAGACUAUGUUAUUAAAUCAUGUUUUAAAAGAGCUCAUGGAAGUAAAGCAAGUGAGGGAGAACCUCUUGCAAGUUCAUCUAAAUGGACUCUUACAGACAAAUGAUAAAAUAGCUCUCAAGGAGAUCACAAGACAGCUACAAAUGGAAAAUGUGGUUGGAGACACAGUUUUUGGCAGUUUUGCUGAAAACCUUGCAUUUCUUCUUGACGCUUUAAAGAAAGGUGACCGAGAUAGCAGUUGUCCAGUGCUGUUUAUACUGGAUGAAUUUGACCUCUUUGUUCAUCACAAGAACCAGACAUUACUGUAUAACCUUUUUGAUAUAUCCCAGUCAGCACAGACUCCAGUAACGGUUAUUGGACUUACAUGCAGACAAGAUAUUCUGGAACUCCUGGAAAAGAGAGUGAAGUCAAGGUUCUCCCACCGACAGAUAUAUUUGAUGAAUUCAUUUGAUUUUAAACAAUAUCUUAGAAUAUUUAAAGAACAGUUAUAUCUACCUGCAGAGUUUCUAUACAAGCCUUUCAUACAGAAAUGGAAUAAGAAUGUUCAGUCUCUUUCAGAAGACAGAACAGUGCAAGAUGUGCUACGAAAUCAUUUCCACUGCAGCAAAGACCUGCGAUCACUUCACAUGCUAUUGAUGCUUGCUUUAAGUAGCAUAACAAUAUCUCACCCAUUUAUGACUGGAUCAGAUCUUCUUGAAGCAAGCAAAUUGUGCAGAAUGGACUCAAAAGCAAACAUUGUACAUGGUUUGUCUGUGCUGGAAAUCUGCCUAAUUAUAGCUAUGAAACAUUUAAAUGAUGUUUAUGAAGGAGAGCCAUUUAAUUUUCAAAUGGUCUAUAAUGAAUUUCAGAAGUUCAUACAACGGAAAGCACAUUCGAUGUACAACUUUGAGAAACCUGUUGUUAUGAAGAAAACAUCUUCCUCCUCUGGAAGGAAACAGGACUCCGUCAGACACACCGAGAAUUAAUACACAAAUAGAAACCUAACCUAUUUCUAAUAUUUAUUCUUCUGAGAUAUGAAGGCAGAGAGGCACCGAAGAGAAUGAAAAUCAACCUUUAAUUAUGAUAGAAUUUCAAGUAUUUUUACAAUAGCAAUGAAGUGAACAACUACAGCCCUAAUAAAGACAAAGGGUAAAAUUUUCACACACACCUAAGUCCCAUUUUCAAAAGCACUUAAGUCAUGUAAAUGUUACCCUUCAUGUAAGAAUCUGAACCUUUAAAGUAACAUGGGAAUGAGGGAUGCUUAAAACAAAUGUUUAAAAUACUUAAACAAUGCUGAUUAGAGAAAUAAACCUGGUAAAUACAAAAACA